AUGUCCUGGGACAAGGAUGGCAGCAAGGUGCACAACAAAGCAGCGGGCAGCCAGCGGUCUAGCCGUAAGUACGACGUUCGGAAGGGACCUUUUGAAAGUGGAGGAGGUGCGGCGCAACAGAAAGCUAAAGGCGACGGUUGA